AUGGCAACGGUAGCCAAGAGUUUUAAAAACGCUUUCCAGGUCUUGACCCCGACGCGUAAUUUUGGAGAGGGAAAGCGUGUGACGCGUGGCAUCUGGUCGAAAUAUGCAGAACCUUCGUAUUGGGAGGUUGUGCGCAUUCGACCCUCACCCGAUCUAAAGCACGGCAAAGUCUUUGGCAAAUUUACGUUUCGCGGCAAGACAGACCCUAAGGUUAAGCGCAUUAAUGGCGUGCUGAAGAAAGACUGGAGCCUCUACGAGGCAAGCACACGAAGCGAGCAACAUGUACUGCUGUAUCUGCUGGUUUGUAUGCUUCAUAUCAUUGAAACUCCUUACGUGUUCGCUGCAACCAAACGCAUCAAUGUGGUACAGACAAUACGACACCUUCAAACGCCAAGCUUAUUAUAA